UGUAGCCCCACAUCUUCGCUUUUAAAUUGAUAAAUAAUGCUUUAAACUCCAUUUUUGUUUUCAGCUUUGGAUUUCUUCACCUUCUUCAUCACUUUUGUUCUUCCAUCCCCACAAGAACUCUGCAAAAAUUUAAUUCUCAGACACCCUCCCAUAAUGAAUCUAUGUCAACAAAAUGCGAACUCAAAGGAAGCUAAAAUGCACAACUCUUGCCAACUCGAAAAAGAAUUCAUCAACAAAUGGGUUCAGGGUCUUCAAAUAUGUAAUUCAUCAAGCAAGAAAAUGAACCUCUUGGAAAGAAAGAAGAAGAUAAAGCUUUCUGCAGACAUUGCCAUAGCUUCUGCUAAAAAUCUAACAACUUCUUGGAGUAAAGCUAUAAUCUCAGAGGCCACAAAAGAUGAACAAAACAUGACUCUUGUCAAAAACGUAUGCGGGCCAGAAUCAAAGUUCAUGUAUGCACACCAAAAGGUUACCAGUCACAAGAGAACCACAAGCAAAAAAAUCUUGAAAAAGUGUUAUGGUGUUCAUAGGAAAAUGAAGAAAAUGGAGCCGUGUCGCGGAUCGAAUUUAGCUACUUGUAUUGCUAAAAGAUUAGUGAAGAAGAGGACCCAAGUGCUUAAAAGGCUUGUUCCAGGUGGAGAAUUGAUGGAUGAAUAUUCGGUUAUUAAAGAAGCAUUAGACUAUAUACUUUCACUUAAGGUGCAAGUUGAUGUAAUGAAGAAUCUAGUGAAUGUUACCACUAGUUUGAGCUAGAAUAAAUCGAAUAGUCGAUUGUUAACUAAUAUAUAGCUUUCAAACUACAUGAAGGUUGUGAAGAGAUCAUGCAUGUAUAGGUUUUAUAUAUUAAUUUAAUAAAAAAUAAAACUACAUUGUUAAGCAUUA